AUGCCUUUUGGUAUGGUUGUAAUUGGACCACCAGGUUCAGGUAAAACAGUAUUUUGUAAUGGAAUGUCACAAUUUAUGGAAUCAUUGGGUAGAAAGGUAGCAAUUGUAAAUUUAGAUCCUGCUAAUGAGAAUAUACCCUAUGAAGCUGCAAUAGAUAUCAGAGAACUCAUUGAUUUCGAGACAUUGAUGUUGGAUGAGGAACUCGGUCCGAAUGGUGCACUCAUUUACUGCAUGGAGUAUCUAGAGAAGAACUUUGAUUGGCUAAAAGAGAAACUAGAUCAAUAUAGAAAUCAUUACAUAAUUUUCGAUUGUCCUGGUCAAGUCGAGCUAUACACUCAUUAUAAAUCCGUUUCAAACAUUUUAGAUGAAAUUACAAAACUAUCAUAUAGAUUAACAGUAAUACAAGUAUUUGAUUCAUUCUAUUGUAAACAAGCAGCCAACUUUAUAUCGGUUUUACUCGUUUCACUUUCAUCGAUGUUACGUCUACCUCUUCCACAUAUAAACGUAUUAUCAAAAAUAGAUUUAAUAGAAAAGAAUGGUCCCUUAGAUUUUAGUUUAGAAUAUUAUACGGAGGUUUUAGAUUUGGCAUAUUUAAAUAGUUUCUUGGAUCACGAUGUUAAACAUCCACAGUAUAAUGCGUUGAAUAAAGCAGUUGCAGGUUUGGUAGAGGAUUUCAGUUUGAGAGUAUGGCAGAUCUUCUCAAAAAGAUUGACAAGAGCAACGGUUUCAUCUAUAAUUCACUCAAUACCAACAAUUCAACUAUCAUGGAUCUAA